UCGGAGCCGCGUGCGUCGUUUCCCGUGGGCUGGGAAAAGCCAGAGAAGGAAGGGAAGAAGAGAAGGAGGAAGAGGAGGCGCUCUCCAUGCAGAGCAGAGAGCCAGAGCCGCGGGUGGAAGAAGAAGAGCAGGAGGAAGAAGCAGCAGCAGCAGCAGCAGGGGCUGAAAGAGAAGAGGCAGGAGCAGAGAAGAAGGGGGCCGGCCAGGCCUGGCCCCCCAACAGCAUGGAGAUCGAGAAGGAGUUCCACCGGAUGGACGAGGCAGACAGCUGGGCCGCCAUCUACCAGGAUAUAAGACAUGAAGCCAGUGACUUUCCAUGCAAAGUGGCCAAAUUUCCUAAAAACAAAAAUCGCAACAGGUACAGAGAUGUCAGUCCCUUUGACCAUAGUCGAAUUAAGCUGCAGCAAGGUGAUAAUGAUUACAUCAAUGCUAGUUUGAUAAAAAUGGAAGAGGCGAACAGAAGCUAUAUACUCACGCAGGGUCCUCUGCCAAAUACUUGUGGUCACUUCUGGGAGAUGAUUUGGGAACAGAAAAGCCGUGGUGUUGUCAUGCUUAACAGAGUGAUGGAAAAGGGAUCAAUAAAAUGUGCACAGUACUGGCCACAAAAAGAGGAGAAAGAAAUGCUCUUUGAGGAUACAAACUUCACGUUAACCUUGGUAUCAGAAGAUAUAAAAUCCUAUUAUACAGUACGACAAUUAGAAUUGGAAAACAUCACGACCCGGGAAACACGAGAGAUUCUGCACUUUCAUUAUACAACGUGGCCUGAUUUUGGAGUCCCUGAGUCUCCGGCUUCAUUCCUCAACUUCCUGUUCAAAGUGAGAGAGUCAGGGUCAUUAAGCCCUGAACAUGGACCCAUUGUAGUGCAUUGCAGUGCAGGAAUUGGAAGAUCGGGAACAUUCUGUCUGGUUGAUACUUGUCUCCUUCUGAUGGACAAAAGGCAAGAUCCUUCUUCUGUCGACAUCAAGCAGGUUCUUUUAGAAAUGAGAAAAUACCGAAUGGGGCUUAUCCAGACUGCAGACCAACUUCGUUUCUCUUACUUGGCUGUUAUAGAGGGAGCAAAAUUUAUUAUGGGAGACUCAUCUGUACAGCAAUGGAAAGAGCUCUCCAAUGAAGACUUGGACCCACCGCCAGAACAUACUCCUCCGCCACCAAGGCCACCCAAACGAACCUUAGAAAUGAAUAAUGGAAGGUUACAUGACCACAUAGAGUUUUUCCCAGUGGUCGAGGACAAAAUCACAUGUGCAGUCAGCACGCUGGAGGAGAAGGUCCCUGAUGGCUGGAUGUGCCCCCCUGAGCAACUCAACCUGGAGAGCACUAAUCAAGACACUGAGCUUAGGAAGAGAACUGUUGACAAUUCACCGCACAGUGAAGAGGUCGUGAAGCCAGAAGAAGAGGACGAUGAAAAUAUGAUGCCAACUUGGAAACCAUUUCUGGUCAACAUCUGCAUGUUUACCGUCCUGACAGCAGGGGCAUACCUCUGUUACAGGGUAUGUUUUCAUUGAUGGACAUGCCAAGGAUGGCACCGAAACACCAAAUACCAUCAUCGGUGUUUGUUUCGAUAAAAAGAAAGCUAAAGGCGGAGGGGCAACUGAGCCUUGUACCGGUGGAAGUGUAUCCUAAAAAUUGAGAAGCUGGAACUAUGGUUAGGGCUUAAAGAGAAAGUUGAUGCACUAGGGUUUAAUUUUGCAGCCCUAUGGUCCCAAGAACAUAAUAUUCUAAUCUCAGGGCCUUAAGAUAUUCAGGAGUAAGCAGAGAAUAUGCCAAAUAAGUCUAGUGUUUUUUUCAUUAUUUUUCCUUAUUUUUAAUGGAAUAAUAAGUUUACAACACAUUGUUGUUUUUUAGUCUUUUAAAGCCAGUUUAUGUUAUUUUGGUUGUUUUUCAGGAAAAAACAUAAUUAGGCACAAGUGAAAAUUGCUUGUAUUCUCCAACAGUGUGGAAGAGAAUAUAUGAUUGGGUUCCUUCAAACACCACUAUACACCCCACGCUCCCCCAAUAAAAAAGAAUGUACAGCUCCUUUUGAAAAGGGAGACUCUUUACUGCAUGCCUUUUACAGACUGAGAGCUCAGUCUCUAAAGAACCACUUCUGUAUAACCUCUGUUACUUAAAUUGGCAAUUGCUUAGGAGAAGCAAUGAAUGAAUGAAGAUUAUAUAGUUGCAUCUCCCCCCCCCCCCCCAAAAAAAAAAGUUGGAUGAGUAUUUUUGGUAGUGCAAGUAAUAUGGGAUAUAUUUUUAUCUUUUUCAGAUGUAUUCUUGCUUUCAUUACAUGUUUGUUACAAUGGGUACCUGCUAUCGCUCAGGGCAUCCCAACAGGUCAACCAUUUUUUUCCCUUUAUUUAGUUGAAAUGAACUGUAUUUCUUCCCAGCUUACCUACCCGCCACCUAUUUCAAGUCUUCUGUUGCACUCUGUUUGUGUUUGCAUGCCUAUUGCCAUAUACCGUGUCCUUUCAAAAAUAGUUUGCUGUUCUUUGGAAUAAGAAGAAUGGAAAUGCAAUCAACAUUUGUUCACCAGCGUUUACAAAUUGCUUUAGCUGCUUGCUUUAGAAAAAGACCUGUUUUUAAGGUUCAUCAUUUGAAAUGUUAAAUCAGUUUCACUCCAGACUUGCCAUGUCAGUGAAGAAUGGGGCUUGUUUUCAAAACAGAAGAAGUUUGGAAAUAAUAAUGAGUACAGUGAGGAUAGUUACACAGGGCCUUAGGAAUAGUUCUUUAUCAAUCUCAAAUAGCUGAUGAGCAGGCACCAUUCUUUGAAAAAGAAUUCCAAUAGGCCUGGCACUUCAGAUCUGCUAAUUUUUUGCAAGAGACAAACCACUGUGUUGGUUAUCCCUAGGCAGGACAGAGUUGGCUUUUUUUAAAAAAGAAUAAAGAUUUUAAAGUUGUCUUAAAAUAGUGCUGUUCAGUUUCUAGGUGUAAGGCUUCAAUCCCAGACUUAAAAUUAAGCUCCAUUGGACUCAAUGAGGUUUACUUCUGCAUUAGAUAUAUAUAGGAUUGUAUAAUAAAUAUAUGGCCUUGGAAUAGCCAAGUAUAACUGAACAUAUCUGCUAAGAAGAGGACAGAAAUUGCCAAUCUGGUAUUUUGUAUUAGUUUUAGUUAAGUGUUGACAUGACUAAGAUAGUAAACUGAAUUUGUCAAACUCCUCAUGUUAUGAGCAUGGUGCAAAGAACAGGACAGAUGUAUUCACUAAAGUUGCAACUUUUUCGGAGUAAAAGUAUGACCACAGUGCAGCUGAUGACUGCUUUGCAAAUUCUUGAAUUCCCUUUUGUUAGCACUUAAGUACUAUCUCUUUUUUAAAGAAGUUAUGAGAGUAAUAGACUUUUCACUUUCUUUAUUUUUGUUCUCUACUACCCUCACAAAUUUAUUGCUUUCUCUCUUUUUUUCUUGAACCAAUGUGGUGUUGAUUAAAGGUCUUUAGGAAAGAGGAAGAGAGGACAGAUUGAACUGAAAAUAAUGAUAAUAAUAAUAAUAAUAAAAGGCUACAUUUGCAUUAAGGGCUUUCUAAAAGUACAAUAAUAAAUCCUCAGGUAGUGCUUGGGAAAUCUUACAAAAAGAAAAAAGUUACCUGUGAGAUUGUUGCUCAGAUCAGAAUUUGAAAGGAGAAGUGUUAGUUAAGUGGUCAAUAUUUAAUAGUAAUAUUGAAAAACAUGAAAAAUAUUGGUAUAAGUAUAGAAAAUGGUAUAAUAUAUAAUGGCUCAUCUGUGUAUUUUACUAUACAGUAAGUGGUUGCUUUGUCCCCAUCACACUAUUGUAAUUCAGUAGGAUAUUGUUCAGAGCCGCAUUUGUAUUCCCAUUUUUAUUCAAAUGCAUGUGUAAAGUCUCCUAAAAAAAAGAGUCCUGAUGAAAAUCCAUGCGCUUGAAAAGUUUAAAAGGAUUUUUAUAUUUCUGCUUUCUGAUGUGGCCAAAAUUAUAUUUGCAUGAUCCGAUUAUUUAAAUGGCUGUGGUUCCAAGGAUGUUGCUGGAGUGACUUCAUUCAGCCAAUAGAUUGGUAGCUCUGUGUGUGUGUUUGUGUGUUUGUGUGUUGGUGCACACAUACGCACUCUCUCUUUCUCUUUUUUAUAACAGAAACAGGUAACGUGUAUCUUGCCUAAUAUUUGGCAUGACUUUUUAUUCAGUUUUCUACAUACACUUUGUCAUCCAGUUGUAUACCACUCAUUUCAGCCAAGUAAGUUAUAGUACAAACAUUCCAGAGUGUGUACAAAGCCAUAUUCACACCUCGCUCCUGUGCGCACACAGUAGCUUUCAGCAGCAAAUAAAUUGAAGAAAAGAGUGCCUGGGUCCAUUGAGCUGCCUCCUGCGACUUCCAAGGAAUCAGCUUUUUGCAAAAGGCCACCAGAACCAAAGUGAGAUUUAAAGUCUGUACUUCCUUGUUUUGUAGGGAACAAGGUAUUUAAAAAUAAGAAUAGUAAUAAGGAAAGUUCUCCAAAAAAAUUAAUAACUGAGUAAUAAAUGAAUUGUAUCCUUCUUCUUCCUAGAAGAAAAUACAGGUAUACCUCAGUUAAUGAAGUAGAUAUCUUCUUGGGCAUUACUUCUUUAACAAAAACAGAAAAAGAAAUUGAUACCAGAGGUAGAAAUAACAUGGAAAGAAUAGGGAAGAGAUUCCUUUGCCACAAAAAAACAGUAUAAGAAAUCCAGAACUAACAAUAAUGCAUGGAAUGAAAAUACCAGUACAAGGUAGGCCUUACAGAAGUAAGCAAAAGCAUUUCAGACCCAAUGGAAACGAAAUGAAGGUUUCUUCCAAAAUGCAUCUAGGGAUAUCUUUUGUCUUUCACCAGCUUCCACUUUCCUUACAAUUUCCACUGAAGUGGCCAAAGUUACAGCUCUGUGAUUCUUUAACAUGCUGAGAGUGGCUGGUGAGACAGGCUUGUGUGCUUUCUGAUCUUCUCUCUGUUUUUUUACCCAGGGAUGCUGCUUUCCUUGCCUGUUGUAGGCAGGUACCCACCGCUCUGGUAGGAUCAACUAGAACUAAAUCCCAUUUCUUCCCCCUUAAACCUUAAUGUGUUGUGUUCUGCAGACACAGUGCUGCAUCUUAACACUGGAAGUCUGUGUUUCUUCUAUCCUCCUUCAUCCUCCCCAGUGCUGAUACUUGCAUUAAAACAACUUCCAGUUAGACAGAGGGCAAGGAGGGAGAUGGAGCUGGUGAAGCAUAAAAAGACUUUGUAAAAAAUGAGCUUCUUUGUCAGAGGCUUUGUUAAAUGAGGUAUGCCUGUAGAUGAGUUCAGAAUGUCUCUGUCGAAUCCGCCAGUGAUUGUACUAUACUUGCGUCCCUUUCUUAAAGAAGAAUUGAAGUUCUUUCUUGCUAUAACUGCAGGGUACGGGGUCGGGGAAGAGAUCAGUUCUGGCUGCUGUGCUCCAAUAGCCCGCCCAGUGUCACUGUUUGCCUUUUACCCAUUUGAACUCAAGAAUGACUUAUACUGUAGUGAAAAGAUACAGUAGAAUGCCCUAGUAAAGCCCAGUGAGGUGUGCAUAAGGCUUAUGAUGCUGAACUAUAAGCAUUUUUAUGUCCUGUAUAUGUAUGUAGUAGUCUUGGGUGUGUAUAUACAGUAGCGUUUUAAAAAGUGGAUGUACUGGUUAACCUAUUCUUGAGGUGGGGGGGAGGGAUGAAGAAAAAAAUAUCCAUGUUUAAACUUGUUAGAAAGUUAGUGAGCUGCUCUGCUAUAUGCCUUAAGCAAAUAUUUACUCAUCAGGUCUUUCUUUUUUACAGAUUGCCAUAGAAAACUCUUUUUGUAAAAAAAAAUAAGAAGAAAUUUUUUAAAAAAAAACUAAGAAAAAAAGACACAAGCUAAAUGUUUUGGUAUAAUACAUUUUCAGGUAUAUUGUGUUUUGUGUAAGGCGCUGCAAUGACCUCACAGUUUCAGUAAAACUGUACAGUUUUUCAAUUUCCCAUACAGAUUUUCAGUUCUCAUUUUAGCUGCAACAAUAAAAUUCUUUUGUAAAGAAA